AUGACUGACGCCGUAGCGCUGGACCUGACGGCCGCGAGUAACCCGUACUUGGACUACUACCACAAGUUUGUGCGGGAACAUCCAGGCGAACUCACGGCAGUGUUUGACCCGGAACUCAGCGAUGACGUGCGCUCCGAGAUGUACGCGGCGCUCGACGUGCGCGUUGCAAUGAAGUACUCGUGGGCGAUCCCAGAUGAGCGUGCACUUCAAAUUAUCAAGCAUUAUGGACCGAUUGUCGAGAUGGGAGCUGGCAGCGGAUACUGGGCACGGCUGCUCCAGCUUCGCGGCGUCGAUGUUGUCGCGUAUGACUGGCAUAUUGCUAGUGACGGCGACGAAGAAAACAAGGAGAGAGAAAACGAUGCUGGCAAAACUGCUGCAACAAGCGGGGAAGAGAGCCAUGGCGAAGCCGAAGAUACGCUGGAAAGCGACGAUGGACAAGCGGAUGAGGAGCAGGGGCAGAGAGAAGGUGCGGAAGAAAUUGAACAUGAAGGAGAAGAGGACGAGGAGGUCGAGGACGAGGAGGUCGAGGACGAAGACGGAGAUGAUGUGGAAGUUGAGCAAGUGUACUGGACAAACGUGGUUAGCGGAACACCAAAGGAUCUGCGAAAACAUGCAGACCGUGCGCUGUUCUUGUGCUACCCUGACGAUUUUGAGGACAGCAGCGAGUCCAUGGCGAUGGCGAGUCUUUGUAACUAUGGAGGUGAUACGGUGAUCCAUGUUGGGGAGCUAUUCGGUCAUACUGUAUGCCUUCCGAACGCAUGGGGUAGAACGUCGUCUGAGGAGUUUCAGACCCACCUAGCGACUGUGUACCACAAGGUGCUGCAAGUCCCGCUACCGUCCUGGCACUCCAGUAUCGAUACUCUGACUGUGUGGAAGCGUACCAAGUCAUCGAUCGUGAACGGCGCAGUGUAUGCGUACAUCCCCGAGGACCAGCGCCUCGACCUGACUGCUGCAUCUCCAUCUACUCGUCAUUUGCUGCUUUGCGGCAAUACUAACAAUGAUGCAGUUGCAGCAGCUACAGCCGGCAAGAGACACAAUGGCGAAAACGAAACAGAAUCUGCUGAGAAUGGCGGUGAGGGUGAGCAGAGGGCCAAUGGCGAAAACGAAACAGAAUCUGCUGAGAAUGGCGGUGAGGGUGAGCAGAGGGCCAAUGGCGAUAGCGCAGUGGCACGUACAAGUGGGACGAAGCGGGUGAAGCGUUGA